CGCAGAUCUACCUCGCCCUUUUCUCUGUAGACUUUUCCCUUGGCGCCUCGGAUUCAGGCUAAAACACCGCCAUUUUCUUCAUAAACACGGCUUGUUAUGCGCUAAGCCCCAAGACCCAGCAUAGCACAUAGUAUCACAGAGCUUAACUGCUACGCGGGAGCUGUCAUUUAGCGAAAUGAAGGAAAAGGAGAGUGGUGGUUUGAAUCAGAUUGAUGUGGCCUUUCUAAGGGCUGCUAGAGCUGGGAACAUCGACAAGGUCAUCAACUUUUUGAAUGAUGGAGGGGACAUCCAUACAUGCAAUGCUAAUGGGCUUAAUGCACUGCAUCUGUCGGCCAAGGAAGGCCACCUGGAGGUGAUGGUGGAGCUGAUAAAGAGGGGAGCGAAUGUGAAUGCCACGACUAAGAAAGGCAACACUGCACUGCACAUUGCUGCUUUAGCUGGGCAGAGAGGGGCUGUGGAAGUCUUGUUGGAGAACAAUGCAACUGUUAACUCUAAGGCCCAGAAUGGCUUCACCCCUCUGUACAUGGCUGCCCAAGAGGGUCAUGCUGACGUAGUAAAGAUUCUCCUCACUCAUGGUGCCAAUCAGCAAGCCACAACAGAGGAUGGCUUCACCCCUAUUGAUGUAGCCGUCCAACAGGGCCAUGAGAAAGUGGUGGCUAUUUUGCUACAUCAUGACUCAAGGAAAGGGUACCGCUCACUGCACACGGCUGCCAGGAAGGACUUUGCCAAGGCUGCUAAGUUACUGCUUCAGAAAGGACACCAACCAGACGUGGAGGCACCGAAUGGCUUUACACCCUUGCACAUCGCAGCCAAAUAUGGCAAUCUUAACGUCGCUACUGUAUUGGUUCAGAACGGAGCUACUAUUGACUACAAGACGAAGAACUACAUCAUCGCGCCACUCCACGUGGCCGCCAAGUACGGACAUCUGAACAUCGUCACCUUAUUGGUAGAGAAAGGCUCUAAGGUCGACAUCCCAAAUAAGGACAGCCUAACGCCUCUCCACUGUGCCGCGAGGGACGGCCACGAGAAGGUCGUGGAGUACUUGAUCCAGAAAGGGGCCUCGCUUACAUCCCGGACCAAGCAUGGCCUCACACCUCUUCACAUGUCGUGCCAAGGAAAUCAUCCCAAUACCUCGGAGCUACUCAUCGACAACAAGGCGCCCGUCAACGUCGUCGCGACGAAUGGUCUGACGCCACUUCACAUCGCUGCACAUUACGGCCACGUGGACAUUGCUCAGCUGUUAUUGGACAAAGGAGCUGACACAGACGCUAGGGCUAGGAAUGGAUUCACUCCUCUGCACGUCGCAUGCAAAAAGAACCGCGAGCAAGUCAUCCAACUGCUACUAAAGUAUGGAGCCAAUGUCCACUCCGCCAAUGAGGGCGGUCAGACCCCCAUGCACGUGGCUACUUACUAUGGUAACGUCACUCUAGUGCUCAUUCUCCUGCAGCACGGCGGCUCACCGGACAUCACAAACGUGCGGGGUGAGACUGCCCUUCACAUCGCGUGUCGUAGGAAACAGAUCACCAUCGUCAGGCUGCUCCUUAGAAAUGGCGCUGCUGUAGAUGCAAAAUCACAGGACCGCGAAACUCCGCUUCACAUUGCGGUCAGGACCAAAAACCUCGAGAUGACCACGCUGCUGUUAGACCAUGGCGCGUCACCUGACUCCAUAGACAAGAACAAAUGCACACCACUGCACAUUGCGGCGAGGGAAGGCAACGAAGAACUUGUCACGGCUCUACUGGAACAUGGCGCUAAUGUGAUGUUACUAUCCAAGAAAGGUUUCACUCCUUUACACGAGGCCGCACGCUAUGGUCACGUGCACAUCGUCAAGCUCCUUCUUCAACACUAUGAGAACCCGGAUCCGGAGGGCAAGCACGGCCUAACUCCGUUACACGUGGCCAGUCACUAUGAUCACGUGGACGUUGCUGUAGUUCUACUGGACAACAAAGCGUCACCCUACGCCAUGGCUAAGAACGGUUUUACUCCUCUGCACAUCGCUUGUAAGAAGAACCAAAAAGAGAUCGCCACACUACUACUGGGGCGCGGUGUGGAACCAGAUACUACAACACAGACCGGCAUCAGCCCUCUCCACCUCGCAGCCAAGGAGGGACAUACCGAGCUAUGCAGACUACUGAUGGAGAACGGAGCUUCCCCUGGAAUCACUACCAACAACGGCCUGACGCCACUACACCUGACUGCCCGCGAGAACAGGAUCGAGGUCGCAAGGCUGCUCAUCGGCUACCAGGCGCCUAUCAACGCGCAGACGGUGAGCGGUUUCACCCCUCUACACAUCGCGGUCGUGUACGGUCACUGGGAGAUCGUCAAACUAUUACUUGACGAGGGAGCGGAUGUUGAGGCCCAGACCAAGAAUGGCUACCAGCCCCUUCACCUUGCCGCUCAAUACGGACACAAGAUCAUCAUCGAGAUCUUGCUGCAGAGAGGCGCUCCACCAGAUGCCCUCACGAGCGAUGGCUACUCUGCGUUGUACAUCGCUCAGAUGGUCCUAAAGAGCACAAAUAUCGUGGAGAUCCUGACCAAAGUCACCAACAUCCAUCAGACGAUCCACCUGAAGAGGAAGCCAGGCGAGGGAGGGGAAGACUUGCCAGAGAUCACAUUCAGCGCAGAGCCUGAGGAGCUGGAGGAGGAAGAGGUGCUGGAAGAUCUGGAGCAGGGAGAGAAUGAAGAAGUUGACCAGGCGGAAAUUGAGGAAUCGUACGACCGGUUCAUGACCAUGGAAGAGAUGGUAGAAGUUGCUGACGACUCGGACAUCAAAGUAGUACCCGGGGAGCACAAACCCGGACGGGACUCUGGCAUUUUCCCUACCCGGUACUCCGGCUUUUUCCAGGAAGGCACGCCACUGACAGGAUCCCGGGGAUCUGACCUGGACCGGUCCCGAUACUCCGAUAUCAAUCUCUCAAGUAGCUUACAGCAUUCUUCGGAAAUCAUCGGAGCCACCGAAGUUGGCCUCGUAGAGGCUGAGCUUCCGUCGAGCUUGGCCGACAUGCAAGUCGAUAACGUUCCGCUGUACGAACCGCCGGUUACAGGUGGUUUCCUUGUGAGCUUCCUGGUGGACGCGAGAGGCGGAAAGAUGGAGAGCACGCAGACAGGCAUCAAGAUAGUCUUACCCCCCCGGAGCUGCCAGAUGCCCACAAGGAUCACAUGCAGAUUACUUAGAAUCAACAGGCCCACCCUGCUUCCCCCUCUGCGUGAAGGCGAGGCUCUUGCGUGCCGAGUGCUGGAUAUCGGCCCUUCAGGGACGCGCUUCCUGCAGCCUGUCUACCUCGAGGUGCCGUACUUCGCGGCGUUGCGUGACGGAGAGAGGGAGCUGGUCGUGAUGAAGACUGAUGACGGAGGGUGGAACUGGGACGAGGUCAGCGUGGAGGAUAUGAAAGCGAUAGAGGGCUACAAGGAAGACAGCCCAGACGCCAUCUUCCCCAGCCGCCGCUACGCCAAGAUCUCCACACAGGCCCUCCCAGAACGCUUUGCGGUUGUCUCGCGAGUCAAGAAAGAGAUUUUCUCAGUUGGUUCACGCGGUGAGAGCAUCCGGUCAGCGGUGUUACCGUCAGUUCAAGUUAACGUCCCUGAGGGGGCUGUGGCGAGCGGAACGAAAAUGUCCCUACAGGUCCAACCGGUCGACGAAAACUUCAACAACCUUGAAGAAUGGGUCACGGUCAGUCCUGUGGUGACGCUUGAGCCCGCGGAUAUUAUUUUCAAGAAGCCGGUGACAGUGACGAUUCCUUGUCCCGUGUACUCGGGCCAGUCCAACCCUGACAUCCAGCCAUCACUACGACUCCUCUGUUGCUUCCCCAAGGAGGCCAAGGCCGGCUCGGCCCAGACCCCUGCGUACCAGUGGCAAGACAUCACUGGCAACACACCGCUGACCGUUAUCGGCGCCAACGCUUCAUUCACUAUUGAUAGACCGGCAAGAUACUGGUUGAUCGAGACUAGAAACCCCGAUAACGUCACUGCGGAUGCACGCCUAAUUUACCGCAAGUUAGCCGCUGUCCCGUACUUGGCGAAGUUUGUGGUGUUCGCUAAACUGUCAGCGGAUGGCACCGAGGCGCGCCUUCGUGUUUUUUGCAUCACGGACGACAAGAUGGACAAGACGCUCGAAGGACAGACGGGAUUCGUGGAAAUCGCGAGAAGUAGAGAUGUAGAGGUUCACGAUGGCCGCCCUAUUCACAUCCGUUGUCUCGGCAACCUUGCCCCAGUCCAACGCGACCCUCUUCACCUGAACUUCUUCUCGUUCCGUGAGAACCGUCUGUCUGUGACGGUUCGUCACGUGGACCCUGAACAGCCAAUGAGCUGUCGUCUCGCCUUCCUCAAAGAGCCAAAGAAGGACCGACAGGGCAACAUCCAAACUAUCUGUAACUUGAAUCUGAAUCUGUCCGAAAAGAACCUACAAAGGGACAGUGGGGCGAGAAAACUUCCAGACUCGCUGCUUCAUUUGGUUGCCUUGGAAACAGCGAAUGAUUGGCAAGCAGUAGGGAAGCAGCUUGGGUUCACGGAGGAAGAAUUGAAUGAAAUUUCUGAGAACAAAUCGGGCGUCCCUGACGAGUGUGCUGAAGAGGUCCUCACGGUCUGGCGUGACAGCAAAGAGCCUGAGCCCGACAUGCCCAAGCUAGAACAAGCCCUGAAGGAGGCGGGGAGGGGCGACGUCGACUUCAAGCGGCUCGCGUACAGCAGCUACAGCUCAGGGCCUGUCACCAUUACCAAGACGACCAUCACACGGACUGUGGAGACUAAGAGUAAUGAGGUCCAACAACAUGGCGGAGACGAAGAAGAUGCCGACACUACUCGACUGUCUGAGUACCUGAGCGCGGAGACGGCGAUGGAGGAAAUGUUCGACGACGUCCGAUCCCCGAUGCCCGCCGAUCAUCCAGUUUUCGAGUCCGAAGGUACCCCGACGCUAGCCCGAACCGAGGUUCACACGACCACCGUUACCGACGGCGACAAUACUACGACUACGGUCGAGAAAACCGUCGUGACCGAAGAUGGCGUCGUGGAAACCACGACGGAGACCCGACAGGAAGCCGACGGUGCUCCUGAAUUGGCCGACAGUGAAAAAGAGAAGCUGAUUCAAGAGAUGUUUUCUAAUGAGAAGGGAGUGUUAGAUUUCUUCAGUGCCGAUGAUGAGAAGCCUCCGACCGACGAGACGGAGAUUUAGGUUAUUCUAGGAUAAACAAUUAUCGCCAACAUUCGGUGAGUUCGAAUUUGGCAGAAGGCUAGAAAGACAAUCUUGAUAAGGAUUAGGUAAUAUUCUUUUUCCAAUUACUAUUUAAUAAAGUCUACCCUGUUUAAAAUCAGCAAAGAAGGAACCAAAGCUCGGUUUCCGAGUUAACUCUGGAAAAGGAGUGUUAGCAAUUUAUAAGACACUGUAAAAGAAAGGUUCUAACUUUUCCCCAAAUAUGGAAUGAAAUAGCAUCCAAUCAUAAACGUCCUUGUAUCAACCAAUGAAAAGCUCUGUAACUUGAGACUAAACUUUGAGUGUAAUAGUUUUGCCUCUGCUGUUGUAGAGGUUUUUUUUAAUACUUUGAGUAGAAUCUAAGUUAAGGAUCACGAAAGCAAUGUGUGGGAUUUCUAACUUAAAGGUCAGCCAUAACCGUGAGAAGUGAUAAACUUGCUCCAAAAGUAGAGCCAGACAAAUGAUCUGAUACAAUAUGCAAGUCUCUUUGUCUUGUAUAGUUUUGCCCAGGGCUGCUCUGCCACAGUGUUCUUGAAUUAAUAUAUUUGGGCUGCCUGCGUCUUUUUGUGACCAUUUUCCAAGUGUUUGUUACCAAAACUAUUUUCACUAUCAAUGCGACUAGCAUACUUUUAAAGCUCUGGGUUCCCUGUGGUUAAACAAACAAGGGGGUGGAACAAAUCUCAAGUUUGCCCCAGUCGCUUAUUUACGCGCGGUCUUUCUCGCAACAGGAAACCCGUGUGGCAGCUCCCUGAGCAAACUAACGUCCAUAAUGGACAUUGUUAUAAUCGAUAAAAUGGUAUUUGGAAUGUAACUUAUAAAAGACAGUAAACUGGCGUUAGUAA